AUGGACUCAGAGGGAGAUACAGUGGCACGGCAUCGGGAACCCACACCGGCGACAGAAAAACGUCAAGCUUAUAAGAAUGGACGCUCAAGCCGACCGGGGGCGCGCAGCACGGCGAAGUUAAUGACAAAUCCGAUGAGUAUCGCCUUGAUGAUCGUGUGGACCAUUUCCUGCGAAGGUGCACUGCUGCUAAACAUAUUGGCCGAUGUGUUCCAGAGUAAGGCACCCGUAUUCCCGCUGGUUCCUACUAUUGCCACAACUAUAGGGUUGAACACGUUCUGUGCCCUUCUAAGUGCACUCCUUGGCCGAGUCGCACUUCGAGGGUUCCGCUUGUAUCAACCCUUUCUCGGUGGACAGUCUUUUGUAGUAAUGCAGGGUUUCGGGUACGGUAUACUUGUGACGACGAGUAUCAUGCAAAUGGUGUACGUAGAACAGUUUGAUGUUACCUCUUCUGUAUACCGAUACGGAAUUCUGACGGUUUUGGGAUGCUUCAGUACAAUCUCAUGUAUAACGCUGAUGACAUCCCUGCUGUUCUUUGUACCAAAGCGGCAUCGGCGAAGGAGCAUUAUUGGAAAGAACGAAGAAGAAGCAUCCACAGAUGCACUGGUAUGGUGGCAUGACCUUUCUGCAUCGCCAAAUGGCGAAAUCGGCAUUGUUGUUUCAUUCUGUUUUGCCAUUCUUGCGUGCUGCUCCUUCUCGGAAUACUACCCAGCCAUGCGCCGCGUAAGCGCCGUCGUUGGUGCGGUGUUCCUCGUAUUUGGCAUCUUCAUGGUUCACGUGGCGAUCGGCUACUGGUACACGCCUGGGUACCGCCUCUUCAUGCCCAACGCCGGCACUAUCCGGAUGAGUAUGAUGCAGGCAUUUGGGUGGUUUCUCGCGGCUGUAAAUUUACAUUUUUACAUGAUACUGUACGAGGCGGGCCCUGAUUCACCGUCCUCGUGGCACAUUCUCUGCGGACUGAGUUCCGUGAUCAGCUUAUCUACACUGCUUCUGUUCGUGCGGCUGCAUCGUUUUCCGACCUCAUCACAGAGUGAGAUGUCUCUGCUGGGAGAGUAUGGACCACUCAUUCUCACCCUCGCGAGUGCCAUUCACGCCGCUGUGGUGUGGGGUGUGGCACUUCUUCUUUCAUCAGAGAACAACGGUGUGGAGCCGCGGCUUCGACAAGGACUUGUCAUGUGUCAGACACUCUGCUCCUUGCUCACAUUUGCCAUGCCACCGUGUACACACCUGCUCGGCCGCAUUGCGUUUGGCAGGGAGUAUGAGGUGUGGAUGCCCUUCAAGGGUCCGCUGGAGUUUGUGGUUCUACAGAGCGCCGGUUGGACGUGCUUUGGGGCAGCCAUUUUUUUCGCCACCCUGCAGAUAACAGAGAACCUUCACUUCCGCUUCGUCAUCAUUCAGUCCUCGCUCACGGCAAUGGCACAGGCCUUCAUUCACGCUUCACUACACCUAUUCGAGGAGGGACGCAAAGAUGGACGGAGGAGUAGUAUUGAUGCUGCUGGUCUCAGCACGUCUAACAGCAGCGGCACGUUCCCAAGUGACGAGGUCUCACACUCUGGUAGCAUAGAUGAAGAGGAAGCGUAUAUGCGGGAGGCGGAUCGCUCGCUUGUGACGACCGUGUUGAAUGGGGAGAUGCUAACAGCAAUUCUUCUUUCCACAAUUGGUCUCCUCGUACGCGUUGUAGCAGACGUAGCGGUGGGGAGUGGAAAAGAAAUGGACGAUAUUAUGCACAUUCCGACAAACUCGCUUCUUGUGCUAUCGACCAUAAUAUCUUUUGUAGUAGUGCCACUUGCGCAUGUGUCUAUGCGGGAGAGAAUUUCGAUUUGGCAGCCGUUUGUCGGUAGCGGCGGCUAUGUUGCGAUGCAAUCUAUUGGGUGGUCUGUUUACGCUGUGAAUAUUCUCAUCGUUAUUGCCAACAGCUUUGUUGGUGAGCGGAAAAACUUUCUGCUUCCCAUUACGGAUGACCAGUACGUUUUCUUGGAGUACACCAUGGAGGGCCUCUUCGCCAUGGUGCCGCUCGUCUGCCUCAUCAUGGGCGCCUUCUUUGAGACGCAGGCGCAGAGCUGCAGGAAGAGCCUGCAGGAGCGAUCACGACAGGAGGUGCUUGAGCUGUACCGCGUCCUGCUGCGCGCGAUUCCGGAUGAGGACGACCUGCGACACGCUGAGACGCUACUGAAGGCUAUUGCUGGCCCACGCUGGAUGGAACCGCCGGCCACUGAUGGUGCUCGACUCAUUCGCGAGGAUGAGGAGACGGCGCGGGCGCGGCAGGAGGCAGCAACACACAUUGUGACAAUCCUAAGCGUGGCGAGUGCGUUGGCAUUUCUCUCCGCUGCCUUCCUUGCGGAGCGCCAGCCUGUCUUCACGCUUGUAUUCGGCGCUGCUGGUGUGACAGUGACAACCAUCUCCUCCUUCUCCGUGCACUACGUCUACGGUACCUUCCUGCACCGCGCGUCGGGGCGGUACUCCUUCUUUAUGCCCUUCUCCGGCGGGCCCACGUUUGUGAUGCUGCAGGCGGUUGGCUGGGGUUUCUACACCGCGUCAACACUGCUCAUUGCGCUGAGCUGCGCAGAGGGGCGCGGCUCCGCCAUUGUCUUCACAACUGCUGGCGUCUUCAGCGUCAGUGCGCAGUAUUCAAUUCUGAACUCAGUCCCCCGCUUCGAUCCGACGCCGCGGCCAAAGUCGCUGCUGGAGCGGAACGCGGAGGGCAUCAUGGCGGUGCUCGCGCUGAUCGGAUCCUUCGCCUUCGCUGUGGUGUACGACCUAUACACACAGUCUCGCAUCACUGGGACGGUGUCAUCGCUGCUGCCCAUCACCGUGUCGGCGGUCUCCACAUGCUUUGCCGUUCCGCUGGGGCUUGUGUCGCUCGGGCGCAACGCGGACAUGUCUACUCUCUCGCCCUUCUCCCUCUUCGACAACUCGGUCAACUUCGACGGCAGCGAUAACGAUGCCGAGGACGUCGACCUCUCGCGCACGCCGAGAUCGGGUGUGGCAUCCUUAUCUGAAACGUUGGAUGACCCCUCCCCAUUACCGGGUUUUAUAGGGAUGAGCCACCACCGGCAGAUGAGCGAAAUGAGUACUGAAAGCGGCAGCGUUGCAUCGCGGCUGAACUCAUCGGCGUACUUUAGCGACGGACAGUCACCCCAGCAUCGGCAACACCGUAGAGGUAUUCGUAAUUCAGUCUACUUGUCGUGUUAUUUGGUGGCUACUUUCUUGGCGUUUGUGGUGACAAUGCUUGUACCGUUUCUACUUGUUCAUAUUCUGUACAGUCAUGCGUAUAGUGGACUGACGGCACUACGCGCGGCCUCGAGUUCACUUCGCUUCCUGUUGACGGGUUUUGCAAUCGCCGUACUGGUGCCUCUCUUUGCUCCAAGGAGACGACGCAAGCACCGAAGAUCGCUUUUGCGCCGUUUUUACAGCGCUCUUUGCUGUUAUGCAAUCUAUUCUAUUCCAACCGCCGUGGUGGUGGGGUCUUUUGGACUUCCACUCGUGGUAGACACGAUGGGUGCGCGGUGUUUUGCUGUGAGCAUGACUGUAAUGUCCUGUAUCUCAACUAUUCCCUACAUUCAUCCCGUUUCAACGUUGAUUAAUGUAUGCCUCCUUGGCUACUUCCUGCACUACCACCUCUACACGUGUCUGAUUAAGGGUGUGGAGCCGUUUGCAUUGUGGAAGUUUGUCGCCGAUACCGUCUUCACUGGGUACUGGUUGUGGUACUUCCGCCGCUACGUUGGGAGACCGCACAUCAGUGGUCGCCUAUACAGUGCCAAAUCUCGGGAUUUUUUCCGCCGUUAUGUCUUUUCCAGCAUCGCGGACUACUUUGAUCUUCGCAUCAUUGUCGACGGGAAGGAGAAGGAGGAGAAGGAGAAGGAGGAGAACGCCGGACACGUUUCUAAUGAUUGCGUUGAUAUGAAUGACCCCGAAAAUAAGUACCUCUUCUCCUUUCAUCCACACGGUGUGUUCCCUGGCACCGCAAUGUGGAUGCCGAACACGCAGCAGUGGGACAAGGCAGUGGGAUGCAACAACAAAAGUUACGUGACCUCGCAUUGCGCGGAUGUGGUGUUUUCUGUCCCGAUGAUGCGCGAUUUUGUACUCUCAGUAGGCGGCUUGAGUGUGUCGCGUAAAGGUAUUGAGGGUAGCAUCGUAAAUGGUAACAGCCCUCUCAUUGUCACAGGUGGCCAGGCAGAGAUGGUGUUGACAAAGAUGAGCGAUACCGAAAUGCAUCUGGUUACACAUCACAGUGGGUUUGUUCGCGUUGCGAUGCUGCACCGGGUUCCGCUCGUGCCCAUCAUCUGCUUUGCAGAGCACAACGUGAUGGCGAAUAUUAGUCUGCCGCGGAUACAGCGGUAUGCCGUAAAGAAGGUGGGAUUUCCGUUCCCAACGGUACCAUACGGACGGUGGUACCUGCCGCUGCCCACCACGCGCCCCCUCACUGUUGUGGUUGGCGAGCCGAUUCUGCCGGAGCCCGGCAUGGACUCGGCGGAUAUAGCGGAUCACGUCCAACGAUACCAGAGGCGUUACUUCAAGCAUCUGCAGGUGCUAUUCUUCAAGUGGCGUGCGAAGGCGGGGUACCCUGAUAUGAAGCUCGUGCUGCACAACUACAACGAUGUUCGCUAUAUCUCGCAGCCGGAGACUGAAAGUGAUGAAGAAAUCGACGGGCUAUUCUCGGAGGCGGAAGACGAAGUUAACGAAGAGACAACGGAGGGGAACGGAGCAGAAGAGUAA